AUGAUAAAGCUACUUCAGUUCCCUUGGUCUUUUUCAAAUUUAGUUGAAGUAGAUGCACAAAUAGAAGUUAAAUUGUUGAAAAGCCACAUAAUUUUUCCAUGCAACGAGUUGGUUAAUGUGAAGAAUCUUGAAAAGUUGUCUAUUACUGAUGCCAAGUAUUACUAUGUAACAGAGGAGGUAUUUGAAGUAGCAGAAGGGACAAAUGAAGAUGUGGAUAUUGGAACACAAUCUAUUGUGGUGUCGAUUGGAAAAUGUCAUCUUCUUGGACAUGUGUUCACUAGUUGCAUGGUUGGUAGUCUAUUGCAGCUCCAAGAGCUACAAAUAAGUAACUGCAAGAAUAUGGAUGUGAUUGUCAAGCAAGUUGAAGAUUCUGAAAUUACACCCACUGAGGUUGUGUUCCCUUGUCUAAAAACCAUAACACUUCACAGGCUUCCAAAUCUCAUUGGAUUUUGCAUGGGGAAGGUGGCUUUUGAAUGA